UCACAUCUCAACGUAGAGUGGCUGUGGGAAAACUUCGCACACUGGCGAACUGCCGAAGUUUGUGUGUUAGUUUUUUAUCAUGGCAGUUUUUAAUAUUUUUAACGAUGAGAGUUUGGUUAGUGCCAUAAACUCUUCGUUCUUAAUCGGCGUUUUUGGUGGAGUUUCACUAGCUUGGUUUUUCUUGAAAGGUCGAUACAAAUUACGUGGUAAAAAUACACUAUUUUCUUCCGAAAAUUCCUCUGCGUCCUGUGAGCCCUUCAGAUGUGAUGAUGAUAGAUUCAAGUUGGUUCUCGUUGUUCGAACAGACUUGAAAAUGGGAAAAGGAAAAGCUGCUGCUCAGUGUUCCCAUGCAGCAGUCAUGGCAUAUGAACGGGCCUUGCGCCACCAGCCCACUGUUCUCAGGCAGUGGCAAGCGUGUGGACAGGCCAAGGUAGUGCUCAAAGUGGAAACAGAGGACGAGUUACUGAAACUUUCCCACGAGGCUCGCAAGUGGGGGCUCAUCACAAGUCUUGUAUGUGAUGCUGGACACACCCAGGUAGCUCCAGGCUCCAAAACUGUGCUGGGGAUUGGCCCUGGACCUGUCGACCUUGUGGACACAGUCUCUGGACAUCUGAAGUUGUUUUGAGGAAGAGAAUGUGUCCAUGUGUGAACUCGUGUAUGAAAUCAAAAAGACUGUAAAAUAAAGUUAUUAGCCUGAGUAACAAGAAAGUAUUGUGUGCUAACCAUCCAGGGCAGUGUUCAAGACAAUUUUGAUGUGCAUAAAAAUUACGGACUGUCUUACUGAUAGUGUAAUGCCACGACAGCAGUAACUUGAAUUACCAAAAUUAUUACUAGUAUAAUGCCAGAUGGUCAGAUCUGUUCACUGAAGGGACUGUCUAUGGACCUAUUAGCCUUGGCCAGGAAAUUGUGUAGGUUAUGUGCAGGAAAUGUGGACAGAAAGAGGAAAGCUACCACAUGAAUGUUCAGUGCUUAAGCUCUGCACAGAAAGAGAUCUUAAGAUCUGUAUGGUUAGGGCCAACACGUCACAAGGACCUUGAUUAGGAUAGCUCUUAAUAACACCAGGGGUGCACAAUGAACCUAGUAGAGACCUAGGUGCUUGAGGCAGCUGAAGUUCCCUGCAAAGUCAGUAUAGUAUUGUACAAUCAAACUUGAAAUUCCAGCAGGGAAAUCUAACAAUUCCCAUCUCUAACUACAGUUCCCACUGAUAUGCACUAUAGCCCUCGAGGUCACUAUUCCACUGAAUAUGAAUGCUGUAAUUUUAUUCCAGCAAUGGUUGAGCUAACAACAUACACAUACAUAGCCUUAUGUAUAUAUACA